GCAGAAGCUCGCACAGAUUCGAACCAGCAUUCUCAUGGAACUUCUCCAUUAACAUCUACGAAAGCUAUUGCAAAACUAGAAAAAGCCCUUAAUCCAAUUUCUACUUCUGCAUAGAAAAGCGUUAGAAGGAUACCAGCAUCCCCAUAAAUUUCCAAGCUUUGAAGCUCUUCGUCAAAUGUCGAGUGGAUUAAGUGGAGGUACAGACUCUUCUGUCGAUGAAGACGAUUUAGCAGAAAUCAGGGAACGUUUUAAGGAGCUGACAAAGGAGAAGGAGAUGCUGAGAGAUUCGAAAUCCGAGAGUUUUGAUCUAAUCAGAAGACUGGAAUUCCAUGUUAAGACAUUAUCCAAAUCCCGUCAAGAAGAUAAGAGACGCAUUGCGGAUCUUGAAAGAGAACUCAAUUACCUGCAGGAUCAAUUGAACAUGACGAAUUCGGCCCUAAGCUAUUCAGAAUCACGUGUUGAAAAGCUAGAGGAAUCGAUUUCAUCCAUCACAUUGGAAUAUCAAUGGGAAAUAGAAAGCACGAAACUCGAGUCCAUUUCAUUGGAACAAAUUCUUCUCGAAAGUAAGAAAUUGCUGGAAGAAAAAAUUCAAGAAAAUUCCAAGCUGAACGAGUGUAUUCAAGAUCUUGAGCUUCGGAACCUGGAUUCAAAUAAGGUGAUUGAGAGUUUAGCAAAGGAAAAUAAAUAUUUGAGAGAAAAUCUUCAAAGCUCUGAUUUGAAUAACGGAGCACUUGUGAGGAAUGACGAUGAUCAACCAUUAUUCAGUAAAUUAGAGAAAGAUAUGAGAGCAUCAUCAGCUGCAGAUUUGGAGACAAAUAUGGCCGAUAUGUCUCGACAGAUAGAUGAUUACGAAGCCCUUGUGAGACAACUUAAGGAAGAACUAAGAGGGGAAAAGUUGAAAGCUAAAGAAGAAGCUGACGAUUUGGCCCAAGAAAUGGCCGAAUUACGAUUGCUAAAGAACGGCAAAAAUCCAUCAGCUGUCAGGAUCUUGUUGUCAGAAAACCAUGAAAUAAAAACUCCCAAGGCCUCGUCGAAAAUUGUUUUCCAGUCUAGCAAAGAGCAACCGGCGUCACCAUCGGAGCUCCUCCGAUACGGCGUGACCGAAUCCUCUCUCUGCAAAUUCAGGAUCUUCCGUGGACCGACUUAGAUAUUUUUGCUUGUACAGAAAUGGCUGGUCUUAACAGAUCUACUGUAUACAUUGUUUCUAAGCAAAACUCAUCUUCUCCAAGACUUCCUUUAAGUACUAAAACUAACCCUUUCGACUCUGAUGAUGAGUUAGAUAAUAGUAACAAAACACUUAAAACCUCUGGCCGAACAUCUUCAGAACCUUUUCUGCACAUGAGUACAAAUCCUUUCGAUGACAGUCCAGCUAUAGGUUCCUCCUCGGCCCAGAGCUAUCCUUCUUCGGCAGACAAUAGCAGAUACAAGAACGAUUUUCGGGACUUUGGAGGAAUAGAAAACCAGACAGUACAGGAAUUGGAAAAUUAUUCCAUGUAUAAAGCUCAAGAGACUACAAAAACCGUCAAAAGUUGUCUCAAGCUUGCCGAGGACAUAAGGGAAGAUGCUACUAAGACUUUGGUCACGUUGCAUCAACAGGGAGAGCAAAUCACGCGAACUCACAAGGCUGCUGCUGACAUCGAGCAUGACCUCAGCAGGGGUGAGAAGCUAUUGGGGAGUCUUGGGGGAUUAUUCUCCAAGACAUGGAAGCCUAAGAUGGGUCGCUCAAUUACAGGUCCUAUAAUCACCAAAGAUGAUCCUGUACAAAGAAAGGUCAAUCACUUGGAGCAGAGAGAAAGAUUGGGUUUAACUUCUGCAUCGAAGGGACAAUCACGUACACAAAUACCACCUCCCGAACCCACAAAUGCAUUGCAGAAAGUUGAGGUGGAAAAGGUGAAACAAGAUGAUGCCCUUUCAGAUUUAAGUAAUCUUUUGCUGGACCUGAAGGAUAUGGCUGUGGACAUGGGAUCCGAAAUUGAUAGGCAGAACAAAGCUCUGAGUCAUGUUCAGGAUGAUGUUGACGAGCUGAAUUUUCGUGUCAAAGGUGCUAAUCAGCGUACUCGUCGUUUACUUGGAAAAUAAAGGGUUUGCUUGCCUAUCAGAUACUGAUAUUCGACUAUUUUGGCUUGAGCACGACACUUAUUACUUCUACGGAUGUUUAGCAGAUUUUCUUGCGCUCGAUUGUGUAGCUGUAUUGAAACUUUAAACAAAACUGAGUUGAUUUUUGGCUAUUCAUUUCAUUUGUGAUUAAUAGAACUCUACAUUUUUAGCUAAAUUCGUUGUUUAUGUGUUAUUGAGUAUGAAGCUACUCUGCCUUGUUGAGGUUUUGAUCAAAUUUCUGUUUUGUAAGGUCAGUUGCAAACAUAGAAUUUGAGAUUUGUUGAUUCGGGUAUGAUUUUCAUAUGCAG